AUGUUCGACCCGUCCUUGCUCCUAAGCCCCCACGUUUUCCUCCUGGGCGUCCUCUUCCGACAUCAAGCUUUCAACGCAUCCAGCCUCACCUCGCCGCACCAUCUUGAUAACCUGGACAUACAUCCCGGCGAGCGGGAGCUGCCACUGCCGUUGAGGGAGGACUUAAACAAUACUUUCAUAUUUCGUCGUGCCAUCGAGACGUUGACGGGCUACCAAAUUUCCAACGAUCGCAUCUCCUCUGGCAUGAUGGCGGCGUGGAUUCAGAGAAUCGGCGAAAUACUCGGCUUCGAGUAUCCUACGAUAGCGUACAACUUACGUUACAAUGCUGCCAAUGCGUUCGAUCAGAGUGUCGACGUCAGCGAAGCCCUCCGGAAUCUGGCUCUAGGACAUGGCAACUCCGAUCCUUUCCAAAGGCACUACCUCGGGCGGAACAUCUCAGCCGACCUUUGGGGUGUCCUUCGGGGUCAGAAGCCACAACAGGCGCUCAUCAAGCAGUCCUGCAGCAUCGGCCACUCCAUCUCCGAGCGCCGCCCUACUGGCCUUACGUCAGAGCAGUCUGCAUCAGUCGUCACACAUCCGACUAUCAGGGACCUGACAAGGGCUCUUCGAGAACUGCCCCAAGGCUCUAAACAGUUUAAAGAAGCUAAACGAAUGAUACGGAACGAAAAGCAGAGGCUUCGGAGAGAACUCAAACAGAAGAUCAGAGAUGAGUGGACUGACAAGCAAGCUACAGACGACAUCGAGCGUCAGAUCCAUGGCGUCGGGUUUGCACACCCUACACUGGGCGACACCUGUCGACCUCAGGGCCCAGCACAAAGACACCUGAUGGCGAAGUUGACCGCCCCGGUCGUGGCCACGCUCGAAGGCCAAUACCAACGGAGGGACGAAGCCAUCGAUGCCGUUUCAGCAUAUUGUCUUGUCCAUGAAGGAUCUACUAUACCCCUGUCUCGCCCUCGGUCGGCACCAAAGGUCACAGUUUGUGACCCUAUUUCUGAUCCGCCAGAGGGAGGCCGCUUGGAUCUCGCCAUGCGAUCCGUCUUCAUCACUCAUGCCAAGGAGCGGCCCAAGAGGUGCUUUGUCUGUAUUGGCCAGGCCCUAGACUUACCUUCGGACGACCGGUGUCAGUUGGACGAACUCACCCAUGAGUUCUACACAUCUAAUGACUUGACCAAACACUUCCGACGCAAGCAUUUGUCCAAAGUUGCUGACGGUGAUAGAUCUGAGUGUAAGGUUUGCGAAAUGACGCUCGAUCACAAGAUGCACCUCCAAAAUCACGCCCUGAAGAUACAUGGCACCGUGUCUUGA